AUGACCUCGCACGCAUCCGCAAUAAUCAGCGGCGUUCGAGGCGACGGCGACAAGAAGCAAGAACAGCAAAGCCAGAUGACAAUCGCGCGCCUGCAAGCCGAGAAUGAUGCCCUGAAACGGGUCUUCGGUCAUUUGCAUAUCACCCUGACAAGUCCGAGUCCGCCCCUGCCGACUUCCCUAGAUCAUCAGUUGCGAGAUUCAGGAAGCAGCCCCUACCCCAGGGUAGCAUGGGACACGCAACACAUACUAUGGCCGUCACCGAUUCCCAUUAACGCACCAUUCCAUAGCAUCGAAGGUCCUCUACCAGCCGUGUAUGACUUGGAUUUCCCCGAACUCAACACUGCUGACACCUUGCCACCACCACCCGCUCAGCCUCGCAGCGAUGUGCAGGUGCAUCCCAGACUUUCGGCGGACUCAACCUGCUGCGUCAGCGGCAGUCCGGAUCCCGCCUGGGCUGGGAUCGUGGACCCGGCCGAGGAGAGCACGACCCUCUGCUCUCUCGCGUAUCAAUGGGUGCUUCAAUGCAACAAGCGGGGCAUCGAUCUGCAUAUCAUUUCCAUGUGGAUGCAACCGGGAUUUCAGACGGGGAGCGACCCGCUCGAAGGAUGCAGGGUUGACAACCAGGUACUUUUGUCUGUAUUGACACAGGUAUCUUGA